AUGUCAGGGCAUCACCGCAUCACCCUCGCCGCCAAUCCCCCCUACUUCGAUGGCGACAAGUCCAAGUACCUGGGCUUUGUGGAUGCGUGCACCACUUACAUCGGUGCCUAUUGGUCAGAGUUCUCGCUGGACGAGACAAAAAUCUUCUUCGUCCUGUCCUACCUCCGCAAUGAGAGCGGCACAAGCUGCGCCGCCUCAAGAUGGGCGAUGAACUGGAAGCAGCACAAUUUCGAGGGCUUCCAAGGACUAAAGGCGGGAGUCACCGCGACAAGCUUCUUGGAGGAGCUUCAGAGGGCCUUUGGGGAUUCCAACGCAGAGCAAGUCGCUGCCGCCCGACUCAUGGCCCUUCGCCAGGGCAGACGCAAGGGCGAGUACAAGAAGGGGGAACAGGACAAUAUCCUCAUCGAGUUUCUUGAGCGCAGGCUCAGCAGCGAAAUUGCAAGCCGCCUCUACAACACUGGCGUCCCCCUGCCCAAGGCAUAUGGUGCCUUCAAGAACUGGUGUGUCAACAUCGAGGCAAACGCUCUACGCGAUCAGCUGCGCAAAGCAUCGCAUGCGCAAUCCGCACCACGACCGCCUCCCCAAUUCCGCCCGCAGGUAGCCCCAAUGACACCUGCACCCGCCCCGGCCCGACCCGCUGCCAACGAACCAGUUCCGAUGGAAAUCGAUCGCACCCACGCCCGCGGCCGCAAUAUCAUCUGCUACAACUGUCAGCAGCCUGGGCACAUUGCGCGGAACUGUCCGGAGCCAAGGAAGAAGCGCACAUUCUUCAAUCGGGCCACGAUGCUGGAAGAAAUCGAGAACGGGGACAAGGACAACGAGUUCCUCAAGGAGAUUGCCGAGAAGCUGCGUGAGAAGGGUUUUUGA